AUGCCGGUGACACAUUCAGAUGAUAAAUCUGGAUUCAGACCAUUUCAAUUAAACAACUCAACGGGUCACAUUUCACAACAGGAACUAUUACAUCCGACUGAACGACACCAUUCAAUUAGAGAAGAAGUGUCCCGAAUUGCAGUUAAAAUACCUCCUUUCUGGCACGCUAGGCCUGAGUUGUGGUUUGCGCAGAUAGAGUCGCAGUUUGUUAGUUCAGGUGUUACCACAGAGCAGACCAAAUUUCAUACAGUAGUCGCGUCAAUUGAUGGAGUUAUCCUCCCGCAAGUCACGCCUACUGAAAAUCCGUACUCCACUCUGAAGAAGCGUUUGCUUAAAGAAUUUUCAAUUUCCGAGCAAAAAAUAUUGAGAAAACUGCUUCAAGACAUGGAUUUGGGCGAUUUGCGUCCUUCUCAACUCUUGCGUGAGAUGAAAAACUUUGCCGGAACAUAA